CUCUAACCCUGAUCCAAACAGACACCCAAAGAUCGAUCUAAUGCUAUACGAAUGUAACCACUCAUUUAUCUCAACACUCACUAAAAACCUGGACUUUCUCACCCAAAACAUCGACUUAAAAUCCACCUUAUCAUCCCUUCCCACUCCUCCACCCCACCCCCUGCCAGGCCACUACACCACCAUCACCCAAACCCUCCUCCUCUUGAGACUCACCCACUUCCAGACCUCCCUAUUCCCCCAAAUUCCCCACCCCACCUCUCCCUCCCAGACUCUCUCAAAACUAAUCCACACCUUAAAACUCCUGUCCCCUUUUCACCUCCUCUCCCUCCUUCAGACCAGCCCUGACCAGUCCUGCCUCCUCCACCUCUUCAGUUCCGACUACUCGUACUUUCAAAUAAUCAGAGAUCAUGCUCCAUUGAUUUACACUAGUCAUUUAGGGAAUAUAUGUGAUGAACAGAAGGAAAUUGACGCAGAAGGAAUUUUGAAUAGGUUGAAAUUUAUGAAAGUUUUGGAUUCAAAGGAAAUAGGGGUUUGUUUUGUAGCUGUUUUGAGUUCAGUGCAAGCGGGGUUUGUGAUGCAGGAGAGAUAUGAGACUGAAGCGAAGUUGGUCGAGGAUUAUGUGCUACAAAGGUGAUCAGAGAUCAUUGAAAAUGACAAAGAAGAGUCAAUUAUAUUCUUUGACCAAGACUCAAAUCUUUUAAAAGAUAUAAUGCUUGCACUGGGAAACAAAAGCUUAGCUAAGAAGUUUGAAAAGAGAUUUUGUUCUAGUGACCAAACUGUGUUCUUUGAUAAUCUCAAAGUUACAGAUGAUGAGCAAAUAUCAGAAGAUUCUAGCUCACAAGACCCUACACCAAACUUUCUUUCUCCUGAGGAGCAAGCCUUGAUAUGGAGAAAUCUUCAGAUAAAAUAG